AUCAUUCAAAUUUUUGUUUUGAAGCUAUUAAUUCAAAUAUGAGACAUGUUUAGUUGAUUUUGGUUGAAGAUGUGCUCAUAAGUGUAAAAAUGCAAUAAUGGUUGCGAUCGUGAUAACUAGCGUUGAUGCGGUAGCGGUAGUAAUGUGCUUAUUUUAACACCUAAAUAUGGGUCGAAACUAAAAGAUAUCCCUCGAUAUAGCACAAAAUUUGAUUUUGUUUCCACCUUUCCAAUGCGGGAUAUAUCAGUUCGUUUAUUUUGAAAACCUUUACAUUUCGGCCGAUGCGAUGUAAUGCCACAUUGUUUGUUUUUUGGUGUUGAGUUAGGAUUAAUUUUUGAUGUGAAAAGAAAUAAUUUAAUUCUUGAGUUUUACUUUAAUUAGUAACAGUAAUUUUGAACCAAGAUGUUUUUUUGUUGAUAUAGUGAUUAGGUUUAAUUGAAUAUUGUUGUAUAAAUGCAGGAUUUCAGGUAUGUCAUUCACUGGGUGGUGGUACCGGAUCUGGUAUGGGUACCCUGCUCAUAUCGAAGAUCAGAGAGGAGUACCCAGACCGAAUGAUGUUAACCUUUUCAGUUUUCCCAUCCCCCAAAGUUUCCGAUACGGUGGUGGAGCCUUACAAUGCGACACUCUCGGUUCAUCAGCUUGUUGAGAAUGCUGACGAAUGUAUGGUGCUCGACAACGAAGCUUUAUAUGAUAUCUGCUUCCGCACACUCAAGCUAACAACUCCUAGCUUUGGAGAUCUGAACCAUCUCAUUUCGGCUACUAUGAGUGGAGUUACUUGCUGCCUUCGUUUCCCUGGGCAGCUGAACUCUGACCUCAGGAAGCUUGCAGUAAACCUCAUACCAUUCCCACGUCUGCACUUCUUCAUGGUUGGAUUUGCACCACUCACAUCUCGUGGAUCCCAGCAGUACCGUGCCCUCACUGUUCCUGAGCUUACUCAACAAAUGUGGGAUGCCAAGAACAUGAUGUGUGCUGCUGAUCCUCGGCAUGGCAGAUACUUGACAGCGUCAGCCAUGUUCCGUGGCAAGAUGAGCACAAAGGAAGUUGAUGAACAGAUGAUCAAUGUGCAGAACAAGAACUCUUCCUACUUUGUGGAGUGGAUUCCAAACAAUGUCAAAUCCACCGUUUGUGACAUUCCACCCACCGGCUUGAAGAUGGCUUCCACAUUUAUUGGAAACUCAACAUCGAUUCAGGAGAUGUUCCGCCGUGUGAGCGAGCAAUUCACUGCUAUGUUUCGCAGAAAGGCUUUCUUGCAUUGGUACACUGGUGAAGGGAUGGAUGAGAUGGAAUUCACUGAAGCCGAGAGCAACAUGAAUGAUCUAGUGGCUGAGUAUCAGCAAUAUCAGGAUGCAACUGCUGAUGAGGAAUAUGAUGAUGAGGAUGUAUACGAAGAGGAGGAAUAGACGGACGAAUUAACGAUGAUAUGAUGUGUGGUGUGCUUCUUUAGGUUGAGACAACUUGUCUACUUGUAAAAUACAUACGAUUGUUGCAGGGGUCUUAAAAAUUUUACUCCUAUUAGUUUCUACAUUUUGUGUUAGAUUAGAAUUUUGCGGUCGCAAACUUAAAUCUGUUAAGUCUUAUGGGAUUGUAUUUGUGACUAUGUUUGGUUUAUUCAAGGUUAACCUUAUAGUGCUA